CUCAGGUACUAAGCCUCGGGUCCUCUUCAACCAUGAAUCGGGAAGACCCCUUCUACCCCUCUCAGGUUUUUAAAGACUCCUGCGCCUACCAGAGAUCCCCGGGAGAUGACUAUAGUCCGCCGCCCUGCCUUUACAUGAGCAGGCAGGUGCACUCCGUGUACACGCCGCCGUCCCUGGGGACCCUGGAACAGGCCAGCCUUCCCGAGAUAGCUCCUGCUGCUUUCACCAUGCCCGGCAUACGGGAGGAUCCGGGCGUGCCACCGCUCCACCACCCGCAUGGCCUCCAGCAGCAGCCGACACUCCAGCCUCCGGGUUAUAUAGACGCAGGAGAGCAGAACAGAUAUCACCUCCCUUUUCCCUGGAUGAAGACCACCAAAUCCCACUCGCACACCUGGAAGGGCCAAUGGACAGGGUCUUACGUGAUGACCGAGGCAGAGGAAAACAAGCGCACGAGGACCGCGUACACGCGCGCCCAACUCCUGGAGCUCGAGAAGGAGUUCCUCUUCAACCGCUACAUCUCGAGGCCGCGGCGCGUGGAGCUGGCACUGACCCUGAGCCUCACCGAGCGCCACAUCAAGAUCUGGUUCCAGAACCGGCGCAUGAAGUGGAAGAAGGAGGAGGACCGGAGGAAGGCAAGGGGGUCUGAGCCGGACCAGGACUCUUCCAUCACCUCUGGGGAUCAGGGAGAGACUGCGGGGGUAGGGGUGUGUUCCUCGAAUGGACCUCACACCAGCACGCCCCCUGUCUCCCCUCUGCAUGGUCACACGUUGUCGGCAUCGGGGUCCAGAGAACCAGCAUAGACGUGGACAGCACUCGCUCUUAAUCGGAUUAUAUAGGAAAUAUAUAUAUAUUUUUGAUGCACAAAGAUAAAGCUGCCAAGCUGCCAAGAUCCCCUCAUACAUUCCAGUGUUUUUUUUUUUAACAUGGGAAAUGUGGCUCACUGCCCAGGGCGCCGUUCAUCCAGGGAUGUCAGU